AGCUCACAUCGCGCAACCUCACAUUGUUGUCAAGGCGGAUUAGCAAAAACCUCUUCAAAUGUUUGCAGUCUGUGUUGUCCGGAGAAUUUAUUGACUUUCGUGAUGUAUUUCCGAAUAUAAGCAGAGGAAACGUACAUGUUUGCGAUGUGAAUCAUUUCCCGAUAUCACAUUUGAACGUGCCGUCCGCCAAUGGCUUCCCCGAGGACGAGCGCCAUCCGAGAAAAGCUGCGAAAGCAGCGGCGAUCCUUGGAAGAAACUUUGGUGAAACUCAAACAUGAGCGCGACGACGAGCAGGCGCUGGUCUCGUCCUCCAGACUGAGCGAGGAGUCGUUGCAGACCGCAAUGAAGGAAGCGCAAAGCAGCGAGGACGACGCGGGAGAAACCCUGAAGCGAACCUUAAGGGCCCAGAGGCAGAUGAGAAGGAAAAAGCUGCUGGAGCAGAUUUCUGCCCAAGAGUUCCCCGGCGAUGACGUGGAGGAAAUCUCCAGUGCUCGGCAUCUGAGCGACGACGAGGGAUCUGCAAAGAGGACCACAGAACCCCCGAGAACAAUUCUGCACGGUCGCGGCGCGUCACCCCAAGCCCCGAAGAGUCGCACCUCGCAGAAGUUCGACCGCUUCGUCACGCGACGUUUGGAGGAGAAGCUGAGAGCGGCCCGGUCGCAAGGCGAGAGUCUCCAGCGCCAGGAGACUUCGGUAGUCGGCGCCAGUCGGCUGCAGACGCUGAGGGAACGACUUCGCUUCGACAGAGAGGCGGAUUCCGACGGCGAUUCCGGCCCUCAGCUGAUGCCUCGGGCCGCCGGCGCCAGGGUGAAGUUCCAGGAGGCCGCCGGACGGGCGGAAAAGGAGCGUCCGACCACCGAAGAGGCGUACAACUUCUUCACGCUGGACUUUGAGCCAGAGCCGGAGGAGAAGACGAGCGAGAAGGGGCGGAAGCAGAGGGAGUCGGGCGAGGACGGCGGCCAAGAGGAGGCCCGACAGAGGGACGAGGUGGAGGAUCAAAACCAGGACCACAACGAGGAGGAAGAGCCUCUCGUGCAGGACGAGGACGGCAACGUCUUCGUCAUCGAGCAGACGGCCAAGGACUUCCUGGAAGUGAGGAGCGCCGAGUACAUCGGGCUGCGGGCGCUCGCUCGACGCCACCGCGCGCUCGUCUACACGCCGAGCGCUCGGACGGUGCCGACCUCGGCGAAACUGCCCGAGAACGUGAGGCCGCGCUACCUGGAGGAGGAGGGGCUUUACGUUGGCGAGCGGCCGGCCGUCACGCCGACCAACGAGAACAUUCUGGAGAACCGCAUUUUGAAGAUGGAGGAGGGAGCCAAGUGGUUCGGAGAUGACGGCAGGAUCACGGCUUUGCCGGACCCCAUCAAGGAAUCCUCCACCAGGCCGCCACUCUUCCAUCUGGAGGAGGACCUGGACCCCGCCCUGCAAACGGUCUACAGGAAGCCGCUCAAGUCCAAGCACGCGAGCCAGUACAUCGCCGGCGCCGCCGACCCGGAAGGAGACUACCAGCUGGACCUGGACGUGUCCGGGCUCAUCUUCUCCCAUCACCCGCUCUUCAGUCGCGAGCACGUGCUGGCGUCCCGCCUGGCCCAGCUCUACGACCAGUACCUGAGCCGCCAGCGCAACAACCUGGCCGAGCACCUGACAGACAAGUUGAACGGGUUGAGGAACACCAUGAGGAACAUGCUGGAGAUCCACAGCGAGCAGAACCUCUCCCGGGCCAUGCAGCAGAGGAUCGUGGAGUACAGCGCGGAGAUCAAGAACACGCGACAACUGCGGGACGGCGAGCAGGAGAAGGACAGGAUGCUGCUCAAGAACCUCAUCAAGGUGUGGAAGGAGCUCAAGGCCCUCAGAGAGUUUCAGAAGUUCACCAACACGCCUUACAAGCUCUACCUAAGACGGGAGAACGUGGACCGCACGUCGGACGAGCGCGAGUACGAGAAGGACGUUUUGUCGGAGUUGUGGGAGUUGGAGGCCGAGGGCGAGGUGGACUACCAGAGGAAGAUGGCCGACUACCGGAGGCAGCUGGACGAGUGGAAGGCCUGGAGGAGGAAGCAGAAAUCCAAGAAGAAGCGAAAGAAGAGGAAAACGCAGGAUGAAACGGAAGAAGAGGACCAGGGGGCGAGCGAAUCUGAGGGCCCCGCAGAAGAAGAGCCCCCCAAGCCGGAGCUCCCGCAGAAGCUGGACUUUGACGCCAUCGAGCAGCAAGUCCGCCAGAAAGCGUCCAGAAUCCGCCGCAAGCCCGGCGAGGCCAUCCUGAUCCCCGAGCUGACUGCUUCCGGAAGCAUCUCCGAGACGGAGCUGUGUCCCAGGGCCGAAGUGGCUCGACGGGAAGACGUCGCCAGACGCGCCGUCUUCGUCAACAUUCUGUACAACGACAAAGAAGUGUCGCAAACCAACAGCCGCGCGCUCACGUCGGACUUCCGAGUGCACUUUGGGCAGAUUUUCAACCUGAAGAUUGUCAACUGUCCCCGAAGCAUUACUUUACAGGUGUUCGAGGAAGCGGGCUCGUCGUGCUCGCUCCUGGCGCAAGUCUACGUGCCCGUGCCGAAUUCGUCGGUGUUGGCGGCCAACGCCUCCGUCGAGGAGUUUGAGUUCAGCAGCAACCAGAGGGUGAUGUUCGACCACGACGGCGUGGGCAGCGACGUCCCCCUGUCCUUCGCGGCCGAAGGCAGCGACAACGUGAUCCUCCUCACCUCCGGGAAGGUUUCGUGCUGCGUUUGCUGGGGCGUCGGCGAGGACGACGUGCCGCUGGCGCCGCCCCUGUCUCAGAAUGCGGCCGCCCUUCACGGUAGCGCGGGCCAUUCGGACGCCAUCUCCCACAUCGGCCCGUCGGGCGAUAUGAAGAAAAUGGGCGAGUGGGUCACGCAGUCCAGACUGGACCCCAACGAUCCGAAAAACGCCUCCAUCAUGCAGCUGCUCAAAGUGGCCGGCGCCGGCCGGGUGACGGCGCCCGACUACUUCCGUCUGGAGCAACUGCAGGAGGAGUUCAACUUUGCCAGCGACGACGAGCUGGCGCGGUCCAGGCGCUUCCGCCUGCUGGCGCUCCGGAGCCAGGAGGUGCCGGAGUUUCGCAACUUCAAGUGCGUGCCCUCCCACGAGAGAGAGGUCACCGACAAGGUGUUCCAGGACUACGAGAAGAGGCUGAAGGAAGGAGAGAUCAUCGACACCAAAGAAUAUCUGGACUCCCACAGGGCCUUAGUGGCCAAGUACCUCCAGAAGAUCCGCGAGGCGGUCAUCCACCGGUUCCUGCUGGCCAGCCAUAACUUCCUGCUGUCCGACCUGGUCAUCGAGGAGGAGAUGCCCUGCUUUGGUGGAGCACAUUUGCAAAGAGUGCCAGAUCGCCACCUUCGAGAGUUCAGUGAAUUUUUAGAGAUGAGGAGUCCCAAACCCAUAGAAAUGACUGGCAGGGCCGAGUUGCUGAUGAUUCUGGGCCUCAACCUCUUCCACCUGGCUGAGCCCAAACGUCCUCUGAAGCCGCAGAGGAAGGAGAGGAAGAAGGUGACGGCUCAGAACCUGUCCGACGGCGACAUCAAACUCCUGGUCAACAUCCUGCGGGCCUACGACAUCCCAGUGCGGCGCUCGCAGAGCAGCGCAGCCGGACAGUCGUCGCAGGGCGCCAUCCGGGCCGGCGACUGGCUCGUCGGUCAGGUCCAGGUGAGGCCCUUCGUGGAGGUCUCCUUCCAGCGCGCCGUCUUCCAAACCACCACCGCCGACGGGCCCAACCCCUGCUGGAACGAGGAGCUGCAGCUGCCCUUUCGCGCGCCCAACGGGGACUACAGCAUCGCCAGCUUGCAGUCGGUCAAAGACGACGUCUUCAUCAACAUUUUUGACGAGGUGGUCCACGAAAUCGGAGCGAACCACAAAGACAAAGACAAGUCGCUGCACACGCGCGUGGAGAAGCACUGGCUGGGCUGCGUCAAGAUUCCCUUCGGAACCAUCUACUCGCAGUGCAGGAUCGACGGCACGUUCAAGGUGAAGACGCCGGCGGUGCUGCUGGGCUACAGCAAGGAGCGAGGCCACGCCCACGGCCUGGCCAACGCCGGCGCCUACGACGCCAUGCGCAGCCUCUGCCAGGGAGCCUUCAUCACGCUCUUCAUCACCAUCGAGCCUCAGCUGCUGCCCGGCGACUCCAUCAGGGAGAAGAUCAAGGAACUCAAGUUCGACAGCCAAGAGGACGAGCGUCUGCUGCGGGCGGCCGAGCGCUUCGAGCGCACGGCUUCCGCCGAGUUCCCCGGCCGGCCGUGCGCCACCACCGUGGUGGACCUCAACGGCAAGACGGUCUUCAUCACGCGCUACAUCCGCCCGCUCAACCCCCCCCAGGAAGUGCUGGCCGACGAGCCCCAGGAGAGCACGGCUCAGGUGGCCCGCUUCGUGUCGCUGAUCCCGUCUCUGCCGGACCGGGUCUCCUACGCCGGCAUCUGCGACCUGUGGAGCACCUGCGACCAAUUCCUGACGCUGCUGGCGGGCGGCGAAGAGGAACACGCCGUGCUGCUGUGCAACUACUUCCUGUUCCUGGGCAAGAAGGCGUGGCUGGUCAUCGGCACGGCCGUUCCCGAGGGAUCGAGCGCGUACGUGCUGACGCUGGAGCACGGCCGCUACCUGAUCUGGAACCCGAGCGACGGGCAAGUCUACGGCCAGUACGACACGUUCUGCCCCCUGCAGGCCGUCGGGUGCCUCGUCGACGCCGACAACGUGUGGUUGAACAUCCAGGAGCAGGCGUCCCCCAUGAGGAUCAGCUUCGACGUGAGCCGGGCCAGCUGCUGGCGGCCGUUCUUCACGCGCUCCUUCCCGCAUCCCGGACUCUCCAGCGUUCAGCCCGAGGAGCUCGCGUACCGGCGCUCGGACAAAGCCACGGCGGCGGAGCUGCAGGACCGGCUGGAGAAGCUGCUGCGCGACAAGCUGAUGGAGUGGCGCCCCCACCGGCCCACCCGCUGGAACCGCUACUGCACCGGCGCCCUCAAGCACAUCCUCCCCACGCUGGAGCAGGGCGCGGCGGGGGGGGGCGCCGGCCGCGACCUGGCCGAGGGCCACCGGCACGAGCUGCAGAACCUGCUGGGCGACAACCGGAUUUGGGGCUUCCCGCUGCACAUGGCGUUCUCGGAGAUGGCCCCCGUGGUGGAGGCGGUGCACAGCACGGGGGUGCACACCAUCCACGCGGCCAACGCGGAGUUCGCCCUGGCCGUCUACGUGCACCCGUACCCCAACAACGUGUUGUCCGUCUGGGUCUACCUGGCCUCGCUCGUGCGGGCCUCGCGUGACGAGUGAGGCGCAAAAAAAAAAAAAAAGAAGAAGAAGAAUCAUCUUUGUCAGCUGCAAUAAAAACUUCAAUUCAUUCCUAAAUUGGUGUGACCGGUCGUCACGAAUUCGCACACAUCUGAGCCGUAUUUGACGUACGUAAACUUUUGACGUCGAGCCGUAUAAAAUGAUGUAGGCGGAAAAAGAGGCCCCGCAGCGUCGGUUUGGUCAAGCAGGGGUCGUCCGGCUUUCAAAGUGCGCCAAACAAACGUCGAGCGUUUCGCCGUGGUGACCCCCCAACGGGACGAGCCGAAAGAAACUCUCUGUGGCAUUUGACAAAAUGAAAUAAUUUUGGUCAUCCCAACUGACCCGAAAGAGGUUAAAUCGGAUUUGACAAAAACAACAAGUUUUUGCAGUAUAACUACACUUACGGCUUCAACUAUGCGUGUAUUAUAUCGCUUGUAAUUUUAUCAUUUCAAUUUGCCAAUCGAUUUAUUUCAAAUAAAGAACAAACGUAGGUCAAGUCAAUCAUUGGACGUCCAUCCAUUGUUUCGCCUCACGAGGCCGGCAAGAGGCAAUUAAAACCAAAUUCGAUUCACUAUGGAAAAAUACAUUCAUAAAAUUUUCUAGAUCACAAUUUUUGUAAUUUUAAUUUUUUAAAAAUAUUUUUUUAAACUUUUUUUUAAAUA